AUCCCACUCCACAAGAUCUUCAGCUCCAUUAAGAUCCCAAAUUUGAUCACCCUUUUUUAGAAGGAAAAAAAAAAAAAAAAACCAUGGCAGCUUUUGCAAUUUUGAAACUAGUCCUUGUUAUUUCUCUGUUUCAUUUCAGCUCAGCAGCUAGGAACCUUGCUGAAACUUCCGACCAAAACCAAAUGCAAUUCCAGUACCACAACGGCCCUCUCCUCACCGGAAAACUCUCUGUCAACUUGAUCUGGUACGGCCGCUUCACCCCCUCCCAGCGUGCAAUCGUUUCCGAUUUCCUCACCUCCCUAUCCAAACCCACCUCCGACCAACCGUCCAUCGCCACAUGGUGGAAGUCCAUAGAGAAAUACUACCACCUCUCGAAAAAGCCCACUGCAUCUCUCGCCCUGUCUCUGGGAACCCAAGUUCUUGAUGAGAAUUACUCUCUAGGAAAAUCCCUCACUUCCCGCCAGAUCCAACAGCUGGCCUCAAAGGGCGCCCAAAACUACGGGAUCAAUGUCGUUUUAACAUCGUCUGAUGUCCUUGUCGAUGGGUUUUGCACGAACUCGUGCGGGACCCAUGGAUCAUCCAACGGCGGUAGUCAAAUCAGAGGAUCAAAAACCAACAAGUUUGCUUACAUUUGGGUUGGAAACUCAGAGACCCAAUGCCCAGGGCAAUGCGCGUGGCCGUUCCACCAGCCCAUCUAUGGACCCCAGAACCCACCCCUCGUGACCCCAAACAACGACGUGGGCCUGGACGGCAUGGUGAUCAACCUGGCUAGUCUUUUGGCGGGGACCGUGACCAACCCUUUCGGAAACGGCUACUUCCAGGGUCCGAAGGACGCUCCUUUGGAAGCUGCUUCUGCUUGCCCUGGGGUCUACGGUAAAGGGUCCUAUCCUGGGUACGCUGGGGACCUACUGGUGGACCCCACCACUGGAGCUAGCUACAAUGCUCAUGGAUCUAACGGGAAGAAGUACUUGCUUCCUGCUUUGUACGACCCUUCGACUUCCACUUGUUCUACUUUGGUUUAGAGGAAAUACGAAUUAAUUUUAGGGUAUAUGUACAAUACUGGAGGGAAUAUAUACAUUAGGGAGCUGUAUUUUGGUGUUUAAAUAUUUUUUUAUUCUUUUGUAUCACAUUGGAAAAUAAUAAAGCUACAUUAUUUUGUUCUUCUUUUAA